CUUUAGUGCUGAAUUGACAGCUUGUAAAUUCGUCAACUGGACAGUCAUAAAAAAAAAUUAGCUGUGGCAUUAAGUAAAACGCAUAAAACUCCUCUACUAACCUCUAUUCGGAAGUGGUGUAGUCUGGCUGUGAGACAUUGCUUGUGAAAUACGUCACAAUAUACGUCACUGACGUCAGCACAUUAUUUUCAACUAGGUCAAAUUUGUUUAGAACUAGAGCAAGGCCUGAAUGCAGAGUCAGCGAAAGUGCAUAGAGUGUAGACUAAACAAGUUGGUCCAAGCAAGUUUCAUGAUUAAUAAGAACAAGGAAGAUUUAUUGCGGGCAUAUGAUCACUGACACUUGCUUUCUUCAAGGGAAUUGUAAGAAAUAAGUGCCUGAGCUGUGAAAUAAUCAAAAUGCCGAAGCUGAAGUCAAGUAAAUCCAAGAUGAAAACUAGACCUGUGCCGUUCGUCGCAGGAUUCAAGCCAGUGACAAAACCAAGACAGAUGAAGGCUAUAACUGGAGAUAGCUUGGCACCAAUACCCAGGCCACUCCAGCCAGGGGGUCAUUUCCCUCCCCUCCCUGACCCCAGCAGUGACCUGGACUGGUUGGCCCAAUUUAGAGAAGAUGGACAGACAUUCAAACAGUUUCUCAGGGAAUGCCCCUGGCUGUCUUCAAGGAAAGUAAAAUAUAUGAGGCAGAAUUUUAAUCCAGAGGGAGCCACUAUUCAAGAGAAGUAUCCAGAGGGAACGAUAUACAUCCAGCCACUUGGAGAUUUUGAUUCAGACUCAGGGGUUGCUAUGGAAGAGUUGGUGGAGUAUACACGCCUGUUCUUUUGUCUGCCUGUUGAUGUCUUGCCUCCUGUCCAUUUGAGAUGUGAAAACAACAAGAUGACCUGGAUAGAUGUGCCAAGCUCUGAGGAAAAAGCCCUAUAUACCUCAAGAAAAAGCAAGCGAGUCAAGAAACACCACCUUAAUGCCAGAUUUGAUGCCAAGUCAGGCAGACGACAGUUGGCUGUAGACACCAUUCUCCUUACCAUGAAACAAUACAUUCCUGACAAUGCGCUGUGCCUAAUUGCCCUCACAAUGGAGGAUCUCUACGAAGCGCAAAGUGAUCUAUUUGUUGCUGGCAUGGCAGCUGGAAACCAUCGUGUGGCAAUCUUCAGUUUCUUCCGCUACGAACCAGGGAUUGUAUUUUCAGAGGAAAAUUGGUUUGAGAUGAAGCAAACAAACAGUUCUACCCCUUAUGAAAGGAAAAAGCUUCUCCUGCAUAGAAGCUGUAAACUUCUUGUUCAUGAGAUCAGUCAUCUUCUGGGCAUCGACCAUUGUAUCUUUUUUGCAUGUUGUAUGAAUGGAUCGGGAAAUCUAGCAGAAGAUUUUCGCCAGCCCAUGCAGCUGUGCCCUGUAGACUUACACAAACUCCAAGUGCUCUGUGGGUUUGAUAUCGUGAAAAGAUACGAAGGAUUGCAAGAGUUUUUUCGCAAGCAUCAAUUAUGUGAGGAAUUAAAUUGGGUGAAAAAAAGACUAAAUUUUUUAUUAUCAACAUUUUAAGUUUAAUUUAGUGCCUUUUUUUUUAAAUAUUUCAAAAGCAGUCUUAAAUUAUAGGAAUGAAGUCAGAUUUUAGUAAGAGGAAAAAAGCAAGUCAUAUGAGGCAGUAGAUGAGGAUUUUGCGUAGAAAGGACUCUGAUAAUGCCUGUGAUGAAACUUAUUUUUAAAUACUUCUUACCCAUUAUGAAAUAUUUUAACAUAUAUGCAUCAUUUGUCAGGGCAUUACUUGUAGAAACAAAUAUAUUUUUCAUGUUAAUUUUUUUAAACGUGAAGAUACACUUGGACUUCAUACUAUUUAAAUCAGAACACCAACUUAAAACUCUGUUUAUUAUUAUUUCAGGGUUUUGGUGACUGAUAUCAGGGAAUUAUAUUGUAGGCUAGAUGAUAUACGUCCAUUCUGAGAUACAACAGACCUGAAAUAUAUCCUUAGCAACUUUUACAUAAACAGAUUUGUGCAAUCACUUUGAACAAACUAGUUGUGGAACCACCCUCUUCAGAAAAAAAUUUCAGUGCAUUAACCAUUAAGUGUAAAGCUUGAACAUUGCUGUGUAACAACAAAAUCUCUCUGUGAUAUGUUCCUUCUACUUUAAUAUUUUAAAAUAAAUUUUAAGAUUUAUUUUCUCUGCAACAA